CUCUUCACACCUGUCAAUCACACGUCGUUCCUUCGUCACCGCCCUCUGAUAAUGCAGCAUGGGCGAAAAUAGCAGAGCCGAGAGCUACAGCUGAGGAAGCGAGAGCACUGUUCUCUCUACUGGACACGUUUUUGGACGAUUGAACGAAAGUGAUGUUCCAACAAUGCCGAUAGUGGAUAAACUCAAGGAGGCGUUGAAACCUGGUCGAAAGGAGACGGGUGAUGAGGGCGACCUCAACAAACUGUUGGCCUCUUCUGCCAAGAAAGUCCUCUUGCAGAAGAUCGAGUUUGAGCCCGCCAGCAAGGGUUUCUCCUAUCAGCUGGACAGCCUGAAGAACAAGUAUGUGAUCCUCAACCCCAGGAACGAGGGCGCUACGGGCCAGAAGGCCACAGAGCCGGCCCAAAUAAAGAGGCAAGUCUCAGACAACGUAGUUGGAGGCCAGAGCGAUGGGAUCUCCGCCCCACAGAAGAUGCUCUUUCAAGGGAACAAGCUCACCCUUAAAUGGGAGCGCGUGUACAGGGUGGGAGCCGGUCUCCACAACCUGGGGAACACCUGCUUCCUCAACUCCACAGUGCAGUGUCUCACCUACACCCCGCCACUCGCCAACUACUUACUCUCAAAGGAGCACAGCCGUGCCUGUCACCAGUCAGGCUUUUGUAUGAUCUGUAUAAUGCAGAACCACAUCAUCCAAGCCUUUGCCAACACCGGCAAUGCCAUCAAGCCUGUCUCCUUCAUCAGAGACCUGAAAAAAAUUGCCAGACAUUUUCGCUUUGGAAGCCAGGAGGACGCCCAUGAAUUUUUGCGGUACACCAUCGAUGCCAUGCAGAAAGCCUGUCUCAACGGCUACCCUAAGCUCGACAGGCAGACCCAGGCCACAACGCUGGUUCACCAGAUCUUUGGAGGUUACCUCAGGUCAAGAGUGAAAUGCUCUAUUUGUAAAAGUGUGUCCGACACGUAUGACCCAUACCUGGACAUCGCUGUGGAGAUUCGACAAGCAGCAAACAUUGUGCGAGCCCUAGAACUGUUUGUUAAACCAGACGUACUAAGUGGAGAGAAUGCCUACAUGUGUGCCAAGUGCAAAAAGAAAGUGCCAGCGACCAAGCGCUUCACGGUCCAUCGAACAUCCAACGUGCUGACACUUUCACUGAAGAGGUUCGCCAACUUCAGCGGAGGAAAAAUAACAAAGGACGUUGGUUACCCAGAAUUCCUGAACAUCCGCCCCUACAUGUCUCAGAGCUCAGGCGAUCCUGUUAUGUACGGCCUCUACGCUGUUCUGGUGCACUCUGGCUACAGUUGUCACGCUGGCCACUACUACUGCUAUGUCAAGGCGAGUAACGGCCAAUGGUACCAAAUGAAUGAUUCAAUGGUGCACUCCAGUAACAUCAAAGUGGUGUUGAACCAGCAGGCUUACGUGCUUUUCUACCUGAGGAUCCCUGAAACCAAGAAGAAUGCAGAUGGACUGACCACCAAGCAGGCGAUGUUGCAUCCUGGGAAGAACAGCGUGUCGUCUGAGCAGAUAAAGAGGGCCAACCUGAACGGGCCUCUCUCCUCCCCGCAGGUCACAAAGAAACUCGAGCCUGCACAACUGCGUAAGAUCCAGUCCAUGGACGGCGGUUUGGGCCUGCCAAUUUCCAGGAACGGUGUGAGCUCUCAGCCACAGCCCAGACUUUCCAACUGGACGUCGUCCUCCAACGGCCCGCCGAAGCUGCCAGGCGGACCCACGGUUAUCGAGGAGCCUUUCAAGAAGCUGAAGAAGCCGUCUCCCCAGAGCCAAGCGCAGUCCCGCUGCAGCACGCCGACCCCCUCCAACAACGGGGUCAGCCGGACGGAGGGAGAUAAAAAGCAAGGUGGCGAGGGCAGAGGCAUGUCAGCGUCUACCUCAUUUAAGUCUUUGUCUGACUCUUCCUCUGCCGACACCUCUGACUCAAAGGACUCCGUGGGCACCAAAAGCGCGCCGGUCGGAGAGACUCCCUCCACCCCACGGAAAGGCUCCAACGGCCUGGCGUCUCCCGCCAAGAGCGUGGAGCGCUCUCACAGCACGGAGGAGCAGAAGACGGCGAAAAUAAAACCCCCGGCCCUCAACAACAUCACGUCCGAAGCCACCAGCACCAUGUCGCCACCUCCUGCCAAGAAACUGGCCCUGUCAGCCAAGAAGGCUCGCAGCCGGAGACCGAGCAGCAUUGAUGCUCUGCCCCCUUCGCCACGCCAGCUGUCCAGUGACCCCACGCAUCAAAAUCAACUUAACCCCCUCACCUUUGCCUCACCCACUCACACUCACAGAGCUGGUCCAUUCCAUUCACCUAAAGUCCAGUCAUCGCCUUUUGCCCACUCAAGUGGAUCCUUCAAACAGCAGAGCCCUCAGAAACAGUCCCUUCUCUCCACACUGCAAAAACCAAACGCCAGCCUUUCUCUUAAAACCAACGGGCUCCACAGUGCUGGCCCAAAGAGCCCCAAGUCUUCCAACAACCUCAGCUCCUCGGUCCAGGAACCAGACCUCAACGGCGCUCCAGCUCAGAAGAAGAAGAAGAAAAAGAAGCGGCGCCAUUCUGAGGUGGAGCGCGACGCGGAGCCGGUGACGUCGUCCUCAGCUACGGCGACGCAGGCCAACGCCGUGGAAUCAGCCAGCGAGAAGAAGAAAAAGAAGAAAAAGAAAAAGCGGAAGAAGGAGCACGAAGACGGGGAGAGAGUUGAGGAGAGGGAGUGCGUCCCGUCUCACCUGGAUACGUCAACCCAGGAAGAGGAUUGGUGUCAGGGUGGCAUAUGGAGCCUUACAUCCCACUCAGAUACAGAACAGUCUAAACAAAAGCCUAUAUUAGCUGCCUCAACCCCAACGCAGUGUGAAUCAAAUCAGAAAGAACAGGGAAGGGACUCUGUGAAGAAGAAGAAGAAGAAAAAGAAGAUGCAGCUGGUGGAGGCUCCGCAGGACACGACUCCAUCAUGUUCUGCACCAGAGAGCACCUCUGAGACGAAGGCCGCGGUCGUUCAGAAUGAUUCGGGAAAUUUGAAAAAGAAAUUAAAGAUGAAGAAGAAAAAGAAGAAGAGGCUAAAAGAAGAGGUGAGACUGUGGGAGGAGAGCAGGCGAUGCUCGGACGGGCCGAACGUCGAGCCCGAAGCAGUGGAACCCCCUUCCAAGAAGAACGCCACGGAGAACGGCAAAAUAAGUAAACAAAGCACAGCCUCAAUGGUAGUGUGGGACAGCCAAGUGAAGGACGGCUACAAGCGCAGCCAGGCGCCGGCGACUGAUGAAAGUGAGUUAGGAGACACCCUAAGCCGUCCUGUAGUCUGGGACGGCAAAAAGACAAGUGGGGUGGUAGAGGAGCUGCUCAGGAACGCCACAGAUAAGGCCUACGGAGCCAACGUCCUCAGUUGGGAUGGAGAGAUCUCUGCUAUCAGUAGAGACGCUGCUGAUGACGUCCGCCACGCCAGAUGUGACACUGUGAUCGACGAGUGGGAUGAAGACUUUGACAGGGGAAAGGUGAAGAAAAUGAAAAACUAUAAGAGAGAGAAGUGGAGAAGCGGCAGCAGCAUCUUCCAGAAGAUCCAGGACCGGCGGAGCAAGUGGUCUGUAACGCCUGGAGGGAAGAGAGCUUUUGGAGUCCGUCGCUGAGAGUCCAGAUUGCUGUUGAGGUCAUGCUGACUGGAAAUCGAGAGAACAAUACUGUAUACCAAACUUCUGUACCUUUUCUCACUCUUUCUUUCUUUUUUUUUUUUUUUUUUUUUUUUUUAAAUCUCUCUGUCUUGUGUUAAAUCGAGACACAAAUUCUUGAAUUUGAUCUGAGUUCAAAAGCAGCGCAAUCUGACUGACUGCCCCUUUGAUCUCAAUUUUAAACAAACAUGAAAUGUUGGCUUCGCUCACACUUUUCUAUGCAUGCAGUAUUUAACAGAAAACCCUACACCUCCAUGUUAAAUGAAUAACUGUGUUGGCCUCCUUUGAGCUUUCGUUAUUGCCCCGACAUGAGCUACUAUGAAAUUAAAUUACCAUAUUAGAUAUGUGUGGGCUAAGAAUGAGAAAGUAACACUUUGGCUGUCUUGUUUUGGAAACUGCACACAAUCUCAGAGCAUACUUUUUGCAGACACAAGGGCUCAGUUAGUUGGACAUUUUUAACUUUCUCUUGAAAUUAUUCUAUACCAAAUUACAAAGAUCAAAAAAAUCUUUACUCAUUAGAACGUAUAUUAUUUUAGAUUUCUGUAUGAUUUUCCUAUUUUAAUACCUUUUUAUUUUUGCUGCAGUGUCUGUGCCACGUGGCUCGUUUUUAAGGACCAAAUUUUGCCUGCAUAUUGUUGGUAAAAUUAAGCUUUAAAAAUUGCCACUAUUUUCUAAAUAUGCAUGUCUAAAUUUAAGUUUAAAAAAUUUACAAAGGUGAAUUUUGUUUUUAGUUGUGCUUUCAUUUUUUGCUCCUUAAACAAAUUCAGUUUAUUUCAGAUUGAAUGUGGAUACAUUUUUAGAUCACAAAAGAAUGCUCUGCCGAUUAACAGUUUAACUGUUUGUGGAAGUGUCGACACUGAUGAGCAACGCAAUUGGACGCAAUAUAAGUUUCAUCAUAUCUCUAUUGUUUACCUGGAAGUUAUUGUUUUCCGUGCAUUUUGCAGAGCAGAAGUUGGGGUUGUUGGGAGGUUGUUUUCUACUGUGCAGCGUUCACAAACUGUUCUUCACCAAUGUACUGAAAUAAAGGGGUUACAUUUUAUACUUCAGGCACUGUGUUAGAAUGGGACUGCCACAUGCUAAUAAUUUCCCCCCCCCCCACCCCCUUCCUUGUAUCUUAUAUCUCUAUGCAAUUUUCUGAUGCUCAUGCUGGUCACCUAGAAACUGGGCUAAGACUCAGGAACCCAGAGACAUCCUGUAACCCAUCUUCAUCUCUGUUUCACAUCAGAGUAGCCACCAACCACUUUGCAUCUUGUACAUCCUGUAGAAAAACUGUUUUAUACAAAAGUAUUUCAGGUGUGGAAACCAUGGGAUCAUCUCGCACCAGUCCGGGCACAGAUGCGUAGAGAAACUUAAAAACAAAAAUGCUUUGCCAGCGUAGAAGCCUGUACAGUCCAUCUUGUGCUACCCGUUUCCCUCCGACGCUGUAAAGAUUUGCCCACAUGCAUUUCUUUUCAUUCUAGAGAUGUUGCCUUGAAUUGGCUAUUAAAAAAAAAAAAAGUAUAGGAUUUAAUGUUAUAAAUAUAUAAUUUAAAGAAGAAAAGACAGAUCUUUAAUUGUGCUACUAAUACUCGGAUCAGUCGGUGGAUGUUGACUUGAGAAUCUGCAAAUGUGUUAGCUCAUUUGUGUGUCCCCUAUGUCACUGUAGUGUGUACAGUACAAGAGAGACUAAUUCCGAUAGGACAUGUUUGUCGGCUGUGAAAUCGACGUAGGGUGCGACUCUCAAACUGGCACACAGGAACAUUUGCUGGUGUGAACGGACGGUCCACAUGUUUGCAUUUGAUGGCUCUAUAUUUUGCACCACCUUUUUCUGACCAGGGAAGAGACCUUUCAUAAUGAAAGUGGCUCUUACCACACUAUAGUUAACUAUAAAGGUGCAAUAAAGUUGUGACUUUUGUGA